CUGGUCAAGCAGCUGAUGGAUUUCGCCAACACAGAGAACCCGGAGCUGCGGGCGGCCCUGAAGAACAUGGCAGAGGAGAUGGCUAAGAUUCAGGACUACCGCCACGCACAGGUGGAGCGCCUUGAAACCAAGGUGGUAAACCCAAUGAAAAUGUACGGUGCUUUGAUUAAGGACAAGCGGGCGGAAAUCAAGAAAUUCAAUACAGUGAGGAACAAGGAAAUAAAAGAGUUACAGAAGCUGGAGAAGCUUCGUCAUCGAUCGCCAUCCGACCGCCAGAUGAUUUCACAGGCAGAAUCCAACGUCCAGAAGGCAUCUGUGGAUGCAGCCCGGACCACACAGCAGCUAGAAGAGGCCAUCGACACCUUUCAGCAGCAGAAAAUUAAAGACAUUCAGAAAAUCUUCUCAGACUUCCUGACAGUU